AGAGGCAUCCAAAGGGGAGUUUGGUGAAUUGUGCUGUCAUUGAAUGUUUGGGAGGAGGGUGAGCCAAUACUGAGUAUCAUUGCAUUAGGCACCUGUGAGAUGUGCCUUGCCCCUCCCCAUCUCCAGAACCUUCCCCAGCCUCUGCCCCUGUCUAAUUCCAUUGCCCCCCUCCCCCAUCCCCCAUCAGUAGUUGCAGAGGCCCCAAACUCUGGCUUUGCCCCACCUCACUCCUUCAUCUCUCGGUCUCUCUCCAUUUGAAUUCACCUUAAAACAUUUCUCCUUGUGUCUUUCUCUGGCUCACUGCUGCAGAAUACAUUGGGGUGUUUUACCCUAAUAGUGGUACAUGUAGAGUUUGACCCACUUGGGGUGUCCCAAGGUUGAAGGAUUGCCAGCUGUUGCUAUGGAGAUGACCGAAGACUUGCACAGUGACACGGAGUCAGAUUGUGACCACGAGAGCCCAGCUGCUCCCUCCACACAGACAGGCUCCUGUGACUUCCACUUUGAUGCUGUGGUAUUUGACAUUCUCAUGGUGACUCCAGAAGAAUUUGCAAGUCAAAUCACCCAACUUGACAUUCCAAUCUUCAGAGCCAUUCAACUCCAGGAGUUGUCUAAUUGCAAUUGGAACAAGAAAGAGAAACACACUUUGGCUCCAAAUGUGGUCGCUUUUACCAGGAGGUUUAACCAGGUCAGUUUCUGGGUCAUCCGAGAGAUCCUCACCAAACAGUCUCUGAAAAGAAGAGUGCAAGUUGUCGGGCAUUUUAUCAAAAUUGCAAAAAAACUUCAGGCUCUCCAUAAUCUUCAUGGAUUGAUGGCUGUUGUUUCAGCAUUACAGAGCACACCAGUGUACAGGCUGAGGAAAACAUGGGCGCUGUUGAGCAGGAAAGAUAAGGCUACGUUUGAGAAGCUGCAGACCCUGACGUCCAACGGCGAUAACUAUGAAAUGCUCCGAAAUUAUAUUUGCAGUUUGAAAGCGACCCCAUGUAUUCCAUAUUUAGGGAUUUACUUGUCUGACCUUACCUACAUCGACGCUGCGUUUCCACCAUCAACAGGAAACCUGCAGAAGCAGCAUUGCUGUGACCUGACCAAAAACGUUCUCCGUCUCAUCUUGGAUUUGCAGCAGUUCUGUGAAUACGACCUCCCAACAUUGCCUCAUGUGCAGAAAUACCUGAAUUCCCAGACCUACAUCGAGGAGCUGCAGGGAUUCAUGGAGCAGGACAACUACAGAUUGUCUCUGAUGAUUGAACCUGCAUCAUGUGCUCAGCAAUGUGUCUCCUCAAGGCAAUCUCAAGGCUCCCUCUCCCCCAGUGAGGAUACUGAAAGCUCUUACGGUGAUGCCUCAGUCACGUGUCUGUGCUUGACGCGGGGACAUCGAAGGUGGCGCAGUGUUGAUUACAAAGCUGGACGGACCAAUGCCAGCACCCAGAGGAGUGCCACCUUCCCUGGCUCGUUGCCUCGGUAUCUCCUGGACGACAGUGAGAUGGAAGGUGAUUUGUUGUGGGUGAAGCAGACAAAGGCCCCUCAGGCAGAAAGCUGUGAUGUUCGAGAGAGAAACCCUUGUUCAUCUUUUGAACGUAACACUGGGUUUUACUGCUCCCUGGGCCGUGUGACAACGUCAAUGUGGAACCCCCUCAGGAACCUGCCGAGAGCCGCACUGCAUUCUGAUGGAGGGGCAGCAACUAUCCAAAGUGCGUUGAGAAGGAAAACCAUCCUGAAAGGCAGCAAGAAGCCAACGGUCUCCCUGUGGACUACCUAUUGGGUCGUACUCUCUGAAGGUCAGCUGUUUUACUAUGGAGCCAAGUCACUGACAUCGACUGAAAGGAACCAGUUUAAGUCAAGCUGGUGUAAGAGAGUGUGUCUUGUUGGUUGGAUGCCAUUUCUGAUGGAAGAUCCAGAUGUUGAUGUUUUCCAGCUCUCAGACUCUGAGCACGGGCAUUGUUAUCGAUUCCACGCAGGGAGCAGACUGAAUGCAACACUGUGGGUCAAACACUUAAGCAAGGCCUGUGAGAGAAACAGGAACCAGCCUCCCCUGAACUUGAUGUCUUUUGAAUGAGUGAGGAAGCCGUGGAGAUUUCCAGAAUGUUUUCAGAAAUUGAAGCAGAUUUAUGGCUGAAGAUACAGAAAUGUUGUAAACUGAUGCCAGUGUCACCCCCUGGUUUGCAAACUUUGGACAUUUUCCAUUGUCCCAAACAGAUUGGGAGAGAAUUGUUGAAUUCUGCUGAGUUCCCAGUGAGCAGGGUCUGGGAUCUGCCUUUUACAGACACUGCUGGUCACUGAACAGACAGUGAUCAGUGACUUUGUUGGUAUUUCUCAAUUAUUAUCCAAUGUCAGUCACUCCGAUUGUAAUGAGGAUGUUGUGGGUGGGGCAAAUCUUUUGUGUAUGAUCUUGUGUGGAAUUUUACUGCACAUUGUUUUCAGAUGGGAUGGAUGGGCUAAGUCACAAUCAUUUGUACAAAACCUAUUGGUGGAAAUGGCUCUGGAAUUCUUUAAGUCAACAACCACUGUUAACCCCUUCCUAUUCCUUUUCACAUCAAUUAAAUGUUUGAUGUUUUGCCAGAGUAAGUUCUGCAGCUCCUGUUUGUUACACUGACUGACAUCUUUGCCAUUCCCUCGUCACCUCCCCAUGUUUCCCAAUCGGGGUGUGACUGCACUCCUCCUCCUGACUGGUGGUGAAUGAGUAGGGCACUCCCUCUGUCCACAUGGUCCACUCCCUCUGUCCACAUGGUCCACUCCCUCCACUGUUGGCUUUUGUUAAUGUGUGUCCUGUGUGUUUUAACAGCCCCUGAUGUUCCCCUCCAUUCAAACCCAGUGAGGAGAGACAGAGAGCAGGGCACCUCAGACCACAAGCUGCUGUCUGGCACAGACACCCCCCAGACUCAUCCCAACCCUCAAACCUCCAACAGAACCGUUACCUGCCAAAUAAACCAGGUCCAAACCCUGGGCAGGAAUUCCACGUUGGAUCCUCUGAGCUCAUUAUGUAAAAUCGGAAUCCACUUUGCCAGCUCAUACUUGUUUUCCUGAAAAGCAUUAGGGGUUUUGUUUAAAGCAGGGAUCAAAAUAAAUCCAUCCUGACAUCAAUAUAACACCUGGGAACGUGUUAGAGAGAGGUUGUUCUGUACGAUUGUUUGGAGUUGUUCACGACUCGCGUGUUCAAGUUUCAGUUGCCAACUCUCCUGUGAUGUUUUCCUGCAAAUUUCAUCUCCAUUUUCUCUCCUCCUUAAAUCCCCAAAAGCUGCCGCAGUUGGUCACUGAGCACAUUCACCCUCACGAUGUCCUCCCCUUCCCCCUCACUACCCCUGCCUCACUGAUCACAAAGCAGGUGCCGAUCGAGAAUCCCACUUCACCUCACCACCAUGUUGGCCACGAGAAUGGUUGCUGUCUCCAUCAUUGUAUCUCCCUCCCGGCUGUCAUCACUUCAGCCUCAUCCUCAUGGUGCUGUGCUUGGAAUGGGAAUGGACAACUCCCUCUCACUGCCUCCAAUGAGAAGCUCCGUCUUCCCGAGUGUCGUUGAGGAAUACAGCACCAGCUCCUGACAAGUCAGCAAGUUGUUCAACAGCACCCUCCCCUUUUUGUUUUUGUGUUAAAUCCCAGUAGCUCCUGGUGCAGUGUCCCACUCUCCAGUCCCCCACUCUCCAGUCCCCCACUCCCUCCAAACCCCAACCUGACUCAGAGGGUGAAUGUUAUGGUCGUGCUGAUUACAGCACACUGGCUUGGUUUGGUUUGGUUUGAUCACCUGACAGUACAAUCUUUAUCUUUUAAUUCACUCUGCCGCAGAGCGAGGAUGAGACACCUGUGGGAAACCGGUGCUGAAUUUUCAUUGACAUCCCCAACUGCACUAACUUCCACGUUACACCCAGAACCUGACUCCCUGUCCCUUCACAAUGUCGGAGAGAGAGAGAACGCUGUUGGUGCAAAUCCCCCUGACUCCUCCCUUGCUAAGUACCUUUAACAAGAUUCAUGAACUGACUACCAAAUUAAAAUGUAUGUAAAAUGUGUAAAUAUUAAUUUGACUAACACCCAGAGCCCUGUGGAUGUUUGCAGAUGUGUUCCUGCUGUAAGUGUGGCUGGCGAGAGUUACAAGAGACAGCUGCUCUGUUGUAGACAGACCCUGAGUGAACCCAGGGGACUUGGUGAUGUUUGUUGCUCUGUGUUCACCCACAGGACCAUAUUCACCAGUCACAGCAACCUCCGUCUCAGCUGAUGGGUUUGUCUCUGCUCAGGUUUUAUACAUUGCAUGGAGAUGGAUUUUUUAUUUUUAAUGCGAUUGAUUCCUCAACCCCUGAGCUACCUGUGUUUAAAGGAAAUUGUCCGAGGAUUUUCACUCACUCAUGUACAGCGCCUGCCCUUGGUGACUUUUUACAAUAAAAUAAAUAUUUGGUGUAACCCUG